GUCUCUUUGGUCAAAAAAGGAAAAAAAAAAAAAAAACACAAAGAGAAAGAGAAGUCGGCGUCCUCCACACUCUGAACCCUAUUUCUCCGAUUUCUCUUCCAUUUAUCAAAUUUUCCAUUUACUUUUUCCUUUCCUUUCCUUUUUAAUUAAUAAUCAGAAAAACCUGCUUGGCUACAGAUUGUAAACUAAACAUGGAUUUGGUGGCCAGUUGCAAGGAUAAAUUGGCGUAUUUUCGAAUAAAAGAACUCAAGGAUGUUCUCACUCAAUUGGGUCUUUCAAAGCAAGGGAAGAAGCAGGACCUUGUUGAGAGGAUAUUAGGUGCUCUCUCUGAUGAACAAGUUGCAAAGAUGUGGGCAAAAAGGACUCCCGUCGGAAAGGAAGAUGUGGCAAAACUUGUCGAUGACAUAUACAGAAAGAUGCAGGUUUCUGGAGCCACUGAAUUGGCAUCAAAGGGACAGGGUGUGUCGGACAGCAGUAAUGUAAAAGUUAAAGGGGAAAUAGAUGAUCCCUUUCAAUCAGAUAUGAAAGUUCGUUGUCCCUGUGGAAGUUCAUUGGAGACUGAGAACAUUAUUAAGUGUGAAGGUCCAAGAUGUCAAGUGUGGCAACAUAUUCGUUGUGUUAUAAUUCCAGAGAAGACUAUGGAGGGGAAUCCACCAGUUCCUGAUUUAUUUUAUUGUGAAAUUUGUCGGCUGAGCCAAGCUGAUCCUUUUUGGAUUACUAUUGCGCACCCUUUAUGUCCGUUGAAGUUGGCUGUUUCAAAUAUCCCAAAUGAUGGUACAAAUCCAGUCCUAAGUGCAGAGAAAACAUUCCAAAUCACCAGGACAGACAAGGACUUACUGACAAAACAAGAGUAUGAUGUCCAGGCAUGGUGCAUGCUUCUGAAUGACAAAGUUCCAUUCAGGAUGCAGUGGCCUCAAUAUGCAGAUUUGCAGGUUAAUGGCUUACCUGUUCGUGCUAUUAAUAGACCUGGCUCGCAAUUGCUCGGGGCUAAUGGCCGUGAUGAUGGUCCAAUUAUAACUCCAUGUACUAAAGAUGGAAUUAAUAAGAUAACUUUGACUGGAUGUGAUGCUCGCGUAUUCUGUUUUGGAGUUAGAAUUGUUAAACGGCGAACUGUUCAACAGGUACUUAACAUGAUUCCCAAGGAGACUGAUGGUGAACGUUUUGAAGACGCUCUUGCUCGUGUUUGUCGUUGUGUUGGUGGUGGAACUGCAACAGACAAUGGUGAUAGUGACAGUGAUCUAGAAGUUGUUGCAGAUUUUUUUGGAGUCAACCUACGUUGCCCUAUGAGUGGUUCAAGAAUGAAGGUGGCUGGAAGGUUUAAACCUUGUGUUCACAUGGGUUGUUUUGAUCUUGAAGUUUUUGUGGAGCUGAACCAACGUUCUAGGAAGUGGCAGUGCCCAAUUUGUCUGAAGAACUACUCAUUGGAGAACAUUAUAAUUGAUCCUUAUUUUAAUCGCAUCACAUCCAAGAUGAGAAAUUGUGGAGAAGAUAUUACCGAGAUUGAGGUCAAGCCUGAUGGUUCUUGGCGUGCAAAGGCUAAAAGUGAAAAUGAGCGUAGAGAACUUGGUGAUCUUGCACAAUGGCAUUCUCCUGAUGGUACUCUAUGUGUCCCUGGCAGUGCGGAGGUUAAGCCCAGAGCUGAAACGUCGAAGCAGAUCAAACUUGAAGGUGCUUCAGAUGGUCAUACAGGUUUGAAACUUGGAAUCAAGAAGAAUAGCGAUGGGUUGUGGGAAGUUAGCAAGCCUGAAGAUAUGAACACGUCUUCUGAUAGUAGAUUACAAGAAAGAUUUGAACAUCAUGAGCAAAAAAUUAUUCCAAUGAGCAGCAGUGCAACUGGAAGUGUUAAGGAUGGUGAAGAUCCUAGUGUAAAUCAGGAUGGUGGUGGGACUUACGACUUUACAAGCAAUGGGAUUGAACUUGAUUCCAUGCCUCUGAACAUAGAUUCGGCAUAUGAAUUUACGGACCGAAAUCCAUCUGCACCCACAGGAAAUGCAGAAGUUAUUGUUCUUAGUGAUUCAGAUGAAGAGAAUGACAUAUUGAUAUCUUCUGCAACUCUUUAUAAGGAUAAUCAAAAUGAUUCUUCUGGACUUAAUUUUCCAGUGGCUCCUCCUGGAAUUUCUCAUCCAUAUUCAGAAGAUCCAGCUCUUGGGCCUGCUGGUAAUUUGGGUCUUUUUCCUACUAAUGAUGAAUUUGACAUGGGUCUGUGGUCAUUACCUCCAGGACCCCCAGAAGGCUCUGGGUUUCAACUAUUUAGUACAAAUGCAGAUGUCUCAGAUGCCUUAGUUGAUCUGCAGCGUAAUGCUCUCAAUUGCCCUCAAUCAAUGAAUGGUUAUACAUUGGCUCCAGAGACAACAAUGGGAUCUGCAAAUCUAGUCCCUGGUUCUUCCAUUGGUCAGACUGAUACAGAUAUAAAUGAUCGCUUAGUUGACAAUCCCUUGUUUGGUGCAGAAGAUCCUUCUCUUCAGAUAUUUCUUCCAACUCGUCCUUCAGAUGCAUCAGCACAGUCUGAUUUGAGAGAUCAAGCUGAUGUAUCAAAUGGCAUCCGUACUGAUGAUUGGAUUUCACUUAGGCUUGGAGAUGGUGCAACUGGUGGUCAUGGGGACUCAACAACAGUGAAUGGAUUGAAUUUAAGGCAGCAGAUACCUUCCAGAGAACGCACUAUGGAUUCUUUGGAUGACACCGAUUAGGUUCGCUAUGUGCAAUUUGCACAUGAUAUGUUGCAUCUUCUCUGCUGCUUGGUAUGAACGACAGUAGAUCUGAGAAGUCAAGUAGGCAAAGAUCAGAGAGCCCUUUUCUAUUUCCGCGGCAAAAACGUUCUGUAAGACAGAGAUUAUAUCUUUCUAUUGACUCAGACUCUGAGUAAUUGGACUUGUUUGCCUAAAGUUACUGGCGCUCCUCCCUUUGUGAAUUUUUGGGGAAAACAAGGCAUCUCGUGGAGAAAUUUGGUGGUCACUCGUGACUGGCAUGCCAGUGAACGUGAAAUGGAAAUUUUGAAACGAAGCACAGCUUAAGGUAAGAAUGGCUGCAAGGGAACUGUCCUAUCUCCGAUGGUCUUGAGCUGGCAGCUGCAGAAGUUCUUUGUUAAAGAGGGUGAGCUCGGGGCCUUGUGCCUGUUAGUGUUGCCUGCACACUCGAUGAAGCUCUACUUCUAAUUCUAUGCAUUGUAACGGGGUUGUUACAAGCACUUCCACCACAGUUAAAACACAGAUGAGCAGGUCCGAUUGAAUUUGUACAGUUAGUCAUUUAGUCCGAGAAUUGGAAUUACAUCCAUUGUUUCAAAACCUUUGGAUGCAUUGCAGUGGGGAAACAACCCUGAAGUAACACAAGGAUCCACCAUUUUGACUCUUGGUUUAAGAUGAGAUCAAAUAACCUGUAAAUUCACUCAAAAAUUCAGUUACUUAAUAGAGAAAUGCUAUUUUAUCAAAUUGA